CAAAGGGGAAGGUCAAGAUGUCUUCUUACUGAUACCACAGUGUAGGCCCGUGCCUCGUGUUUCAGAGUUCAAGCCUGGGACUUGGAGCAGCCAGUGACUGCGGGGGCUUUGGGGGGCACUUUCAGAGCCGCUGAAGGAGGGGAGGAACCAAACCCAGCUUGCAAAUUGGGUGAGAUUUGCACAAGCGCACAAGCCACAACAGCGUGUUUGCCCUGGCAGCCGUGAGAGUCUGGAGCAUGGGAGCCCAGCCACCUGUUUGCUGGACAAUCCUUGCAUCAGUCACUCUUUCCUAUUUGCAAAGCAGUCCUUGAGCAUGUGGAAGGGAACGCCUGGCUCCGCUCCCUCUCUCCUGGCCACCAAUUCCUGGACAGUGUUGGAGUUGGCCUAAUAAAAGUUAUACAUUUUAUACUUGACAGUACAGACAGUGUUGCCUGUUCUCCCCCUCACCUGCAUCUGCAGCGUUUUUCCAUUCAGGUUCCUUCAAUGGGGAAAGGAGACAAGCCCAGGGCGAAUAGCUACUAAUUGCAUAUAUGAUCUUACCGGAGACUCCCAGCUGCUUCUGCCAGCAACCUCGUCAUCUUAAAGAGCGUUCCCUGCCUCUGACUGUAAAAAACAAGCAUUGAAGCCUAUUAAAUUCUGUAAUUUCUGCUUGUUUUGUUAGCUGUUACUCAAGCUCUCAAUGCAUCACGUUGUUUUCCUGACGCAUCUGAUUGUAAUUUUGUGCUUCUAUUGUUCUAGCAUAUCACCCUUCUCUUUCCCCCUCCCUGCAAAGGUGUACGUGACCCCAGCUCCAUAAAACACUCUGAACAUGUUCUGUUUCCUUGCAGCCGGUCUUACGCUGCCACCCUUCAGUGCUGUUGUAAGUUAGGAAUUUCUGCUUGCUGCUGAGUGCUUGAUUGGACACUUCCGCUGAAUCCAGGUAUUUGUUCCAAGCAGGUCUGCAAUGCUGGCAGCAGCUUCCUGGCUUUUGUGCCCCCGCCUGCCACUGGGCUGCAACCCCAGCCCCCAGGCUGAAAAUCGUUCUGCACCUGCCCCUACGACCCCUGGAAUUCCUCCCCAUUAACUAAGUUGCCCACUCCUAGUUAAACAAACAGCUGAACCAAUGGCUACUAGUCCUUAUGGCUCUCUGCUACCUACAGCAUCAGAGACCAUAUGUCUGUGUACACCAGUUGCUGGGGAACAUAGGUGGGAGGGAGCUCUUGCACUCAUGCUCUGGUUGUGGGUCUCACAUGGGCAGCCGGUUGGCCUCAGUGUGAACAGAACGCCAGUCCCUUGGUCCCUUCUUACGCAUUCUGCAAAAUUCCUUGCACAGAAAGCAUCUGUUGGGUGAAAUCCAUCAAAACGCAUAGAACAGACUAAUGAGGACACCAAGCAGGUUGGGUCUUGUCCAGGGGACUAAAGCUUUGUACCUUGGUUUGAUCUUGUGCUACCUGGAUUGAGGUCUUUAAGCAAAACAAAACAAGAUUCUUCUCUGGAAAAAUGGAAUGGCCAGGCAGAUUCUUGGAAAGAAACCGAUCAGUUUCUAAUGGCCUUGGUUUAAUCACAAGCUCCAAUGGCAUAACCUGAAAAAUAAGGUAUGGUGCUUAGAGGAGGUAAACACAUCAGCCUCUUAUCUCCCAUCUCAGCUGGGAUCCAAGGUGAGGUCAGGCUAUAAAGGGACAGAAGUGCACCGCCGGUUCCUAAUUGCUAGAAUAUCAUUGCUGAGACAAUGAGCGUCAACCCGUUCCUUCUCGUGGCAUCAGGUAAGCUGCGUCUCCCCAUAGCCAGAAGCCCCACAAAGGAGGCCUUUCCCUUCCUCCAGAUGUGUUGGCUGGGAACGAUGGGAGCUGCAGUCCGAUACAUUUGAAAAGCAACAGAUUGGGUGCAAGUUUGGUUCUGGGUUCAGGUCAUCCAGAUAGUGAUGCGUUCCUGCCUCACACCCAGAGGAACUGGUGACUGUCGCUCUAGGCAAUGCUGAGCUCGCUGGACCAAAAAGCUGCCCUGGGGCAGGUUGUCUGUCUAAAUGUGCAUCCAUGUGAAGCGAUGGAUGCCCCCAGCAGGAAUUUUCAGCAGCUGAAAUGCCAGAUGCUGCCCUGCUCUCCAUCUAUAAUGCAGAAUUUCGAAAGUUCUUUCCAGGUGCAGAGUUUGAAAAAAGAAGUAAUAGUAGUAAAGGUAUCAUUUAUUGGGAGGGUCACCCAGGAUUUUGCCACCCCAAUCGAAGAGGUCCUGGGGCUCACACAGGAGGGUGAAAGUGGGGAUCAACAUUUGUGUGGCUGUGCCAUUGACGUAGUGUUGGCACAAUACUGUGAGCUUCGCAGUGCCACAAGCGAGCCUCUUGCGUUGUAUUUUGCAAAACCUUAACCCAGCAGCUCCCAAACACUCCUGCAGUGGCUUGUGGGUGCGCCAGAUGAAAUGGUCUGACCAAGAGCAGACCCUGCGAAUCCAAAGCGCCCCCACACAGGGGAGGUUGCAUGCCACAUCUCUGAAUGUUACCCUACUCUGGCUGGAGCCCCUUCCAGUCAGCCUCCCAGUGGGGUAGGUCAUCAGCCACAGCUUGCCCUGAGUUUGACUGGAUCAUUCCAAAUUGCAUUCUGCCCAAGGAGUGUGCCCAUUGUGUCGCUGGAUGAGACCUUCCCCUAGCUUGUUUACUUCCAAUCCUGCAUUGGUGACUUACGCAAAAGCAAAGAAGUUCUGCUCCUCUCUCCAAGGCAAGCAAUUCUGAGUAUUUUAAAUGGAAUCUUUGGGAAGUUUCUCCCCAACACGCUCAAUUUAGUAUGAGGGAAAUUGUGCUUCAGCUACAAGACUUUUGUCUAACACCGAUCUUCUCGGGGCAAGUUUGUGUCUCCCUUCUAGUGGGCUCCUCCGCCAUGUCUGCCCGGAACUUGCUGCAGUUCCGUAACAUGAUCAAGUGCGCCAACCCAAACAGUAACCCAGUGGUGGAUUACAGCGAUUAUGGCUGUUACUGUGGCUUGGGAGGCAAAGGAACCCCAGUGGAUGAGCUGGACACGUGCUGUUGGACUCACGACAACUGCUACCACCAGGCCAAGAGGCUGCCUGCAUGCAGAUUCCUCGUGGACAACCCAUAUACGAAGAGCUACAAGUACAGCUGUUCUGGCAAGGAGAUCACCUGCACAGACGAUGAUGAUGAGUGUGCAUUAUUCAUUUGCAACUGUGACCGCAGCGCCGCCAUCUGCUUCGCUGGAGCUCCGUACAACAAGGAAUACUGGAAACUGGACACAAGUAAAUACUGCAAAUGAAGUCCAGGCUGCAGCAGUGAAGGCACCUCCUCGUGCUUGCUGAUUCCCCGGACAAGAUGGCCAAGCUUCUCUCAUGUGUUAUAAGAAGAAUGGCAAUAGUGAACAUGAGAAAUGGUUUGGUGUUUUCUACAGCAAAAGAACUGCUUUUACCGCACGUAAU